AUGAGUGGUGUUGGGUACAUAGGAUCCAAAAUCAGUUUGAUAUCGCGGAGUGAUAUAAGAUAUGUGGGAAUCCUGCACAGUAUCAACUCUGCCGACUCGACUGUGGCGCUUGAACAAGUUCGUUCAUUCGGAACCGAAGGCCGUCGAGGAAAUCCCGCUGAAGAAAUUCCUCCCUCCGACAAUGUCUUUGAAUACAUAGUGUUUCGUGGCUCGGAUGUAAAAGAUUUGCACGUAUGCGAAGCCCCGGCUCAACAGCAGUCUAUGGCACCUCAAGUUCCUAAUGAUCCUGCAAUUCUUGGGACUACUGCUCCGCGGCCGCCAAGUUUUCAAGGAUUUGCGCCUCCACCGCCGUUGGGGGUACAACCUCCACCCAAUUAUGCCGGAGCUCCUCUGAAUCCUUACUAUCUUCAACAAAUGCCAGCGGUCCCAUUCCAACAGCAACAACAAUAUUGGCAGCAUCAAGUUCCUCAGCAGCAUAACGGUAUCAACGAGAACGCUGCCAAAGAAGCUGAACAACCCAAGUCACAACAACAGAAAGAGCAUAGUGCACCAGACAAGGCUGAAGACCACAAAACGGACAAGCAAGGCUCAAUGAACAAAAGUUACGCCAAGACAGGAGGAACUGGCUCCAAGGUCACUGCACCAUCAACAAGCGCUAGAAAUGAUACGGUCGUAGAAACAACGAAAACGGCCGCGGAAGUAGAAAACUUGACUAAGAGAGUCAGUGAGUUAAGCGUAAACCAAAAGGAGAUUAACGGGGAGAGACAAGCUUCAAGCAAUAAUCGUUCUACCGUCAGUAGUAAUCGGCUUCCUGGGAUGGGUGGCCACUUGGUUCAGUCGGGCCGUAGAGGUCGUGGAAGUCGAAGAAGUUAUAGUCAAAGUUACGACCGAAGCAGAAUUACUGUUCCUCAGUCAGAUUUCGAUUUCGAAUCGUCGAAUGCGAAGUUUAAUAAAGAUGAACUCGUCAAGGAAGUCGUGAAGAAAAUAGUUCCUAAUCAUGAAGUUAAAGAAGAAAAUGAAGUAGAAGGCAUUGCGCUUGGUCCGGAGGAAGAAGAAGAAGACAUUUUGAUACCUCCCUCUGAGACUUAUUAUAAUAAAGCUAAAUCAUUCUUUGACAACAUUUCCUGUGAGACUAAAGAACGAUUAGAACAACAGGGACCUGAUGGCCGCCGCGUGUUGUCUGUCGCUGAACGAAGGCAAAAACAGUCUGAAGAAAGGCGCCUUAACCUCGAAACAUUUGGACAAGUUUCCAUCGAUGGUGGAAGGUAUCGUGGAGGUGGUCGUCGUGGCUAUAGAGGUAGUAGAGGAGGGUAUCGUGGUGGUCGUGGUAAUAAUGGUUAUCGCGGAGGAUACUCCAAUAACUAUCGGGGGAAUAACUAUAGGACGGUGCAGCAACAAUCAUCAUGA